AUGGACGACGGACGCCUGGACCAAGAGAAGAGGCUCAUACAGGCUUUGCUCUUGAAGUGGAGACAGGCUGAGAGAGAGCAUGCCCAAUCAGAGCAGCUCUGGCAGGAGAAACUAGAAACCUGCCUGACUGCUGAGGAUCUUGGAGGAGACCACCCAUGGAGGAAGUCUGAGGAGGCUUGGUUCCUGAAGGAGAAAUCCUUUCAUAUCCAUGUGAAGGGGUUGUUGCGGUCUAUGGAGAGAAAGCUGGAAGAAGAUUCCGACGAGUGCCCGGACUUAUACGAGCUUCAGGAGCAGUUCUGUCCUGUUGCGCACGGCGACAUCUCGCGGCUGCCAAGUCCAUCGGCCCGCAUUGCAACUCGGUCCACACUGGAGGUGGAGUCGACGCAGGUGAAAGACACCGCCCGGCUGGGUACGCCGUCUUUCCGCGUCCCGAAUGUGCUCCUCUCCCGGACGGAUACGCUGUUGCCAGAGGAAAGCUGUGCCCUGGAGUACAGUGAGGAGCGCGCAGGAGGACCGGCGCUGAAAUCUUCAUCCGAGAACAAGGAAGAAGAGAAGGAAGAACCGGAGCACAUCACACACAAUCUCUUCAACAUCGACAUCAGCGCUCUCCCCGCCCCUGCUGUAGCCACGCCCCCUAGUGCGCCAAUCAACCGGAACACGGCUCACUCCGCUCAAGACAAAACAAGAGACGAACAGGAUUGUUUUGGUCCAAAGCUGCCUCCACCAUCUUCUACUUUGAGCAGGAGCACAGGUCUACGGCCCAGAUCCAGGUGA